GCUCCGCGUCACUUCCUCACUCCAUGAGCCCAUCCCUUUGGAAAAAAAAAAAAAAACUCACAGGCAAAACGACGGCGAGGAAACAGCGAGGGAAAAGAGUUAGAAACAGGCGGACAGACAAAUGGAAAAAGUCGGACAUUGAGGCGGGAAGCAGGGAAAGACAAGAAAACUCCUCAAAACGCAGUGUCUUCACAGCGAUGCCGCUCCACAAAUCAUCCCGGGCUCCUCGCCUGGACCCUACAAUGAUCUCAGCCCCUCUGGGCGACUUCCGCCACACCAUGCACAUCGGGAGGGGCGGGGACGCCUUCGGAGACACCUCCUUCCUGUCCACUGUAGGUCCGAGCCCGACCACGUCUGAGCUGAGCAGUCCUGGGGUCGCCCCGGCUGCAGAACCCAGAGUGUCAGUCAACAACGGUGAUCUCAGCCCAGCAUCUCCUCCGGCAGAGAGUCCGCUUAAGCGCUCUGAUUCAGCGUCUUCAUUCACCUUGGACCUAGACCUAGACCUGGACCUGGACCUGGGCCCGUCGAUGCUCGGUGACGUAUUAGGAGUGAUGGACGGUAUGGCGCCUGACUCUAAUGAGGUUGAUGUGUUCAGCCCCCAGCGUGCCGUCCCUGCAGUGGAAACAAAACAGGCCAGGAGGGGAACGGAGACGUCCAUGAAGGUGCAGAAUGAUCUGAACGAGAACCAGGUGGAAGACGGCAGGACACCGGACGAGAACGGGUUCAAGCCCAGGGUGCUCCGACCAAAAGUCAGAUUCAGCGACAAGCGAGAGGAGAUCAUCCGCCAGGCGUCUGAGGAAGAAGAGGGUCAAACCUUUGGCUUCCAGAGCGACGAUCAGCUGGAGUGUCACAGUCCGGUGAGGAGCGAGGGCGACAGGAUAAAGGGUGAGACCGAGUUCACCAAUCACAGAGCGGAUCUGCCUCCCAGUCCGGCUUCAUCACACAGCUCAGAGUAUGAAGGAGUCACUCCGCUGGACAGGAGGAGGUUUGAGAGCUCAGAGACAGAUUCAGAAGAAGAGGAGGAGGUAUCAGGACGCGGCUACACGUUUGAAGAUGAGUUUGAUGACGAUGAAAUUGUUGUAUAAACAUUGAUUUCCUGAAAAAAAAAAGAGUCUUGCUGUAAAGUAUACUGUAUUUUCAUCAAAUGGGAGGCAGAAACCAACAAAACAAAAAACAUCUGGACGCAAGCUGGGACAUUUAAAAUAAACAGCAAGAAUACAACUAAAGAGACAGUUCAUAUAUUCUGAAAUGGGCUUUUGUGGAAAGGUUAUGAACAAUUAAUAUCUUACCUGUUGUAACAAGUCGCUACCUUUGAGCGAUCUCGGUAUGAGACAAACAGGUUUUAACUCCAACCAGACUGACAAGCUAACGGCUAGUCCGAGUUUAAAGAUGUCGUCUUUAAACUACUCAUCGCUGACGAUGGCUAGAAGUUGGCUGGAAUUAUACAAAUGUUGAAUCUUGAGGACUCUGAGAAUCUGCUAUUAAAUGCACAAAAAAAUUAAAGUGAAACAUCUGUCAAGAAUAAAUUUUAAAAAACCCUA